AUGGAUUCCGUGAGCAGAGCCCUUCUGGGAAAAGCGUUCCAAGAGCUGUACAACACCAUCAAGCGCUUCAUGCAGCCGUCGGAGAGUCGGGCCGGUGGUGGUAAUUCUGCCGACGGGCAGGGGAUGAAGGCUGAGGUUCAUUACGAGAGGACGGAGAAGAAGACGAGCUUUGACAUUAAGUUUUCCUGGGGUCGUUUCCGUGGCGGUGAUUAUCAUGACGACGACGACGAAGACGAGGUGGAUGUUGGUGUUAAAAUAUAG